AUGUUGAUAUUAUUACUUUUCCUCUUUUUAGUAAAUGCUGACUCCUACUUUAAAAUAUUAAAUCCAAAAUCCUUAGUUUCUGAUAUUAAUCUUUUAGAGAUUAAUUUCUAAAUAGCCAAUUUUGGAUAUGUUCCAUAUGGAUAGAAAAUUUCAGGAUAAUUGGAGAUGGCUAACCCUUACAAUUAUUGUAAUCCUCCAAACACUUAAUAUGUCGAUAAUGAUAAGAUGAAUGUUAAAAUUUUACUUGUUGAGAGAGGAGAUUGUUCAAACUAUCAAAAAGUAAAUUUUUAAUAUCUAGUAAUAAGGCAAUUUAUGCUUAAAAUUAUGGAUACGUAAUGAUGGUCCUUAUUAAUGAUAUAAAUGAAGAAUCAAAUCUUGGAGUAGAAAACAAAUUUAAUGAGUAUUCUGAUAUUGAAAUACCAUCAAUUAUAAUAAAGAAAUCUUAAGGAGAAUUAUUAAAAUCUUUUUUAUUGUAAAAAUAACAUGAGAGUGUUUAUGUACAAAUUUUAUUUCCUGAAUUAUUGAAAACUGAUAAAGUUAAUUAUGAAUAUUGGUUUAGUUCAAUGGAUAAAUCAAGUUAUAGAUUUUUAAAAUAAUUUUACUCAUUUCAUAUGUAAAUGAAAGAUUUUGUAGAAUUUACUCCUCAUUAUACAUUAGGACGUUGUGGACAUUGUGAAAGAUUUUAAUUUACUCGAAGAGAUUCCCUUUGUCUCUCUGGAGGAAGAUAUUGUGCAGCAGAUCCUGAUGGAAAUGGUCCUUUAGAUGGUUAAGAUGCUGUAAGAGAAGUUGUCAGAUAGAUAUGUAUUUUCAAAACAGAUAAAAAUAAAUGGUGGAAUUAUGUUCUUAAAUAUAGUCAAUUAUGUCUAGAUUCUUCCAAUUCUAUAUCUAAUGUCUGCUAUAAUGAUGUACUUUAAGCAUUGUAAAUUGAUCCUAAAAAAAUAGAAACAUGUUAUAAUGAUAGUUUUUUGGGAUUAAAUCAUGAAUUAGAUGACAAUAUUCUACUUUCAUAAGAAUAUUAAAAAAGUUAAUAACUUUAAAUUUAUUUUUGGCCAAUUCUCUACAUUAAUAAUGUUAGAUAUAGAGGGAAUCUAACAAUUGAAAGUUAUUUUACAAAUUAUGAUAAAGGAGAUUAGGAAAUAUAUGAUAGUUCUUAAUUUGGCCCAUUUUAAGCAAUAUGUAAAAGUUUUAAUAUUAAUUCAAUUCCUGAGGUUUGCAGAAAUAGAAUAGUUGGUUGUAUGGAUGAUGAUGGAACUUGGGUAUAAUUAUAUUAAAAAUUAUUAAAUAGGUACCAUAUAAAGAAGAAACUAAUACAUGGGUAGUAUGGGUAGCUGUUUUAUUCAUUAUGGCUCUUAUUAUGAUAUGCACUUUAUAUUUGUACAAAAGAUUAUUCAUAAAGAAAGCAAGUGAAGAAAUUAAUUAAUAAGUAAACAUAAACUUAGCUUAAUAUUAUGCUAUGACUGAAUAAAAGAAAAAUCUGAGCAAAUGA